CCUUCUUUUGCUCUCAUCUUAGGAAAAUGACCUUGAUUACAUCAAUAAAAGAUUACAUAAAACGACAUCGUCAAGGUCUUUUAAUUACUGCUACUAUUGCUGGUGGUGGUUACUUGGCUGGAAAAUAUGCUUCUAAUAAACUUCGAGAUAUUCAAGAAAAGUCUACUGCUGAGAGAUUAGCAAAAGAAAACCUUAAACGUCGAUUUCAACAAAACCAAAAUGAUUGUGUAUUUACUGUAUUAUCACUUUUGCCUACAUUGGGAGAUCAGAUCUUGACAGAGAUGAACAUUGAAAAAGAUUGGGCUAAAUUACAAGAAUCAAGAAAACUUGAAAAAAUCGAAUUAAAAUUAAAACAAGAGAGGGAACAUGCUGCUAUCUUUAAAGAAGAGCAAGAAACGAUGAAUCAGUUAAAGGAGACAACAGUAGAUUCUGUAGUAUUGAUAGAAAAUAAUCAAACGCAGGAAGAGUCGGAACAAAAGAAUAAUAAUAAUCAAACUAUGCUGGAUUCAAGUGUAGGAAGUUUAACUUCUUCAAUUAGCGAAGUAGAUCAACGACCUGCAGGCAUUUUAAGUAAAAAGGAAAAACAUAUUCUCUGGGAAGACAUCAAGUCAAAAAGCUUUAUUCGUACCUUGACAUCUAUUUAUUCAGUCACAUUGUUGACCUUAUUAACUCAUAUUCAAUUAAAUCUAUUGGGUCGAUUUACAUAUAUUUGGUCUGUCUCUAUCCUUAAUAAAAGUGAGCCUACGAUUAGAUUACAACAAGAAGGUGAAGAACCUGAUGUUGGAUUCUUGGAUCCUCAAAUUGAACGUAUGUUUUUGAGUGUAAGUUGGUGGCUACUCCAUCGUGGAUGGAAGAGUUGUGCAAAAAGAGUAGAAGAAGCUGUCAAUGAAAUAGUUUCAAGUAUCCCAUUGAAGAGUACAUUGAAUUAUCAAGAAGCAGAAGAAUUAUUAAGUAAGCUUCGUACACGAAUUGAAUAUGAACAAGACAAUAAGCCAAUUAGUUAUCAAUCAUGGAUGCUGCCUAAUACAGAAGAAGAAGAGUUAGAAUAUAUUCGAAGCGUUGGAUUUGAUGAAGUAUAUGCUAAAGAAAAUACUUCAACUAUUUCCCUUAAAAAGUUAUUAAAUGAAACAAGAGACUUUAUUGAUAGUCCUGACUUUUAUCAAGUAUUAAAUUCAUGUUUAAAUGAAGUAUUUGCUAUCUUUAAUCAUCAUACUUUUGUAACGUCUUUAUUACCUCAAAACAAUUCUUUAAUGUUGGGCAGUAGUAUUCGAGAGCUUUCACCUGCUGAAGUGCUUCAAUUAGAGAAACAGGAAAGUAAAAAGAUGACAUUGGCUAAUCUUUUACCUAUAAUUGGUAGACAGUCUCAUCUAGUCAUUGCUGGAAAUGAAUACUUGAAUGCUUUUGCAUAUAUUAAAGAGUUACAAGCUUUCUCUGCUUUAAUUUACACAUACUAUGGUGAUGAGGUAAAAAUAGCUUAAUAAAGAUUACAUAUAUUCUGAUUUCAUGUUUCGAGUGCUGCUGCAUAUAAAAUUAUAUUUAUUCCUUUUUUUCUUUUUUAAAAGAAAAAAAAAACCUUGAUAUGCUCAAUAAAUCUUGCUUAUAAAAUUUAGCAGAUAAAAUUAUUUUACCUUUGUUUUUAAUGCAGUAUUAUUCGCGUAUUAACCAAAGCACUUGUCCAAAAAAAAAAAAAAAAAAAAAAA